AUGGUCCGCCUCGCCCCCUUUGAAGUCGAGAGAUGGAUGGAUGAGUAUGAGAGGACGCCUGGCGUCAUCAACAUCGCCGAGACCUGUGCCGCCUCUAUUUCUAUCGAUGAGCUCGUCGCGCUCUCCGAAGACAAGUCAGGCAAGAGCCCCAUCGACACCUCGACAUGUCUUGUCUACGGCGCCAUUCCCGGCUCCGAGGCCCUCCGCAGCAACAUUGCCUCCCAGCAUGAGAAUCUCUCGUCCGAGAACGUGCUCAUCACGCAGGGUGCCAUCGCCGCCAACUUUCUGACCCUGUACGCCCUCGUUGGCCCCGGCGACCACGUCAUCUGCGUCUACCCUACCUACCAGCAGCUCUACAGCGUGCCCCGGAGCCUGGGCGCCGACGUCACCCUCUGGAAGCUGACGGCCGAGAACGGCUUCGUGCCGGACGUCGCGGAGCUCGAAGCCCUCGUCCGGCCCAACACGAAGAUGAUCAUCAUCAACAACCCCAACAACCCGACGGGCGCUUCGAUCCCGCGCUCCGUGCUCGCAGCCCUCGCCGCCACGGCGCGCGCGCGAGACAUGACCAUCCUCUCCGACGAAGUCUACCGCCCGCUCUUCCACGCCCUCCACGACGACGCCGGCGCCGCCGUGCCCCCGUCCAUCACAGGCCUCGGCUACGACAAGGUCAUCGCCACAGGCUCCAUGUCCAAGGCCUACGCCCUCGCCGGCCUCCGCAUCGGCUGGGCCGCGUCGCCGAGCGCCGCGCUGCUCGCCCGCCUCGCCUCGGCCCGCGACUACACCACCAUCAGCGUGUCGCGGCUCGACGACCAGGUCGCCGCCUACGCGCUGGCGCCGCCCGUGCGCGCGCCGCUGCUGCGCCGCAACGUCGCCCUCGCGCGGACGAACCGCGCCCUCGUCGAGGCCUUUGUCGACGCCCACGCCGGCGUCUGCAGCUGGGUGCGCCCGAGCGCCGGCACGACGGCGUUUCUGCGCUUCGAGAGGGACGGCGCGCCCGUGGAUGACGUGGCGUUUGCCAGGGACGUGCUGGACAGGACAAAGGUCUUCUUCGUGCCGGGGUCCAAGUGUUUUGGCGACGGUGGGGAUUUCAAGGGCUAUGUGAGGAUUGGGUAUGUGUGUCACACGGAGGUGUUAAAGGAGGGGCUCGAGAAGCUGGGCGGAUAUCUGGAGGCGCAUUUCAAAUAG